AUGCGCAAAGGCUUGCGCUUUAGCUUUGGCUGGUUUCAAGAAAAGUCGAGUUUUGUAAGAAACAAUUCUUCAAGUGACGUGUGUGGUGAAUGCAGAAUGAAUCGUGAGCUAGAUGGACUUUUAGACAAAUUGUCGAAAAUUAAUCAAGAGAUGGGUGGAGAUGAUGGAAAGAGUACGAAAAAGGAGAAGAAGGGUGAUAUGUUUCAUGAGCUUAAGACGAAAAUUGGCGAGAGACUGCAUCAUCUUAAGAUGACAUUGCAAGAUAAUGAUGUAGCGGCAACAAAGAGAGGAAGACACCCACGUGAAGCUAUUCGACGUCAACAGGAGAUUCGAGAAGACAUUCGACUUGUUGGAGUUGAUAUUAAAGAUCUUACUGCUAGUUUUGAUCUUGAAUUGAAAAAAAGAAAAAGCAAAUUUCCACCCGAAGAAUUAGCUAUGAGGAAAGAGAUCGUGACACAAUAUUUGGCAGAAUACGAACGCAUUAAAGAGCUUGCUGCUGCCAAUUAUCGCUCUCCAGCGGGUAGAACAGCAUUUGAUACUGGUGGUGUUGCAGCACCGAUCGGUUCUUUUGAAAAUGGCGCUUUUACUGCACGGACGAAUGUAGCGACCGAAAAUCUUGCUUUUGGAAGCUCAGGUGGUCCAGGCGGCUCAGUGAGAGAAGGUCCAAUUGAGCGAGAAAUGAUUACUGAUGACCAACGUGCCAUGCUAUCUGAUAUCCAACGGAACGAUCAGCGAUUCGACAACAUUAUUGAGCAAAUUGGAACGGGAGUUCAAGAGCUUGGCCAACAGGCACGAAUGCUAAACGAAGAACUGCAGCAACAGGCUAUAAUGAUCGAUGGCCUAGGCGAACGAAUCGAUAACACACAAGCGCAUGUCGAAAGCGUGAAUAAAAAGAUGAAAGAUACUCUUACAAAGUCUACAACAUGUUUAUCAAAAAGGACCCAAGCACUAGUGUAA